AUGCACACUGAGGUAAAAAGUGUGCAUCACGUGCACGUUUUUGCUCGUCCCACACCACGUCGCGACCACGGUCCCCGCAUCAUCCGCAGUCUCCGUCGAAACCGUCGGCGUCAAACUCGAAUCGUAAGAAAAGCAACUCACGGAACGAACGACGUAAACGACGACGACGCAAAAGAGGAGGAAGAAUCGUACGAGAAAUUCGUCCACAAAAUAACAACCCCGCGCGUAAAGUUUGGGACUAAAAUCCAUCGCACGUUACACCACCACGCGUUUUCAAAACACAAAUCCUACGCGUACCAAUGGCAGGCAUUUUGCGCGCGGUCGGAACGGUACGAUUAUCGCGACGUCGUGAGCGAAGAAGCGGAGACAUUUUUGAGCGCGUUUCACUUUAAAUUGGAAGACGGGUGCAAACGAUUCGAGCGAGACGUGAAAACUGGGAAAGCGGCGAAGGAUUGGGACGCGGCGAGCGCGAACCAUCCGACGUUAGGGUUAGUCGCGAUCGUCGCGAGUUGGAAAGCGACUGUAGAAGCGGUGUGCGGGAAGCCUUGGCUGUUUGAAGAUGAGGAAGAAGAAGAGUGA